AUGGCCGCUGUCAUGUCUGGUCGUCGCUCUCAUCGAAAAUCAAGAGGGGGUUGCUUAGAGUGCAAAAGGAGAAAGGUCAAGUGUGACGAAGACAAACCACAAUGCCGCAAUUGCCAAGUUCAUGGGGUGGAAUGUCGCUAUUCGGCCUUGUUCCGAAUCGCAAGUACGCCGCCUCAAAUACAAACCGUUGAACCAUCGCCAUCGAUAUCACCACGAGCUCCAGAACUAGCACCAGCACCAGCACCGUCUCUAUCGCUAUUGUCUGACCUAGGGGUUGUUGAUAUGGAGCUCCUUCAUCAUUACACAAUUUCCACGUGUUACACAUUAUCUCGUGCUCGCGCAGUGCAAGCUGUUUGGCGCGACCAAGUGCCACGAAUUGCAUUUACUAUGAAGCCUUUACUUCAUAUAGUACUUGCCAUUUCUGCCAUGCAUAUCAGCCGCUCAGAUCCAUCACGACGAGUAACCUAUCUUGCUCACGCGUUAAGACAUCAUGACACCGCUAUUAGCACGGUGAAUCCAAUGAUGCAAUCUCUCGCAGAUAAGCAACCCAGUGCACUCUUCUUGUUUUGCGCAAUUACCUCCAUCUUUUCUUGUGCUAAACCACCAGAGGAGAGCAGCUUCCUCAUGUUGUUUGAACAUGGUCAUGUAUCUGAAUGGGUUCGUUUUGUCCGUGGGGUCAAGACAAUUAGCGAUUUCAGCAAGGAAGACUUACAGUCAGGGCCGCAGGCUCCAAUUAUGAUAUAUGGGUCAUUUUUAUCGGCUACUCGUAAAGAGCCCCGAGUGCUAGGACAAGGCCAGAUGUUUGUGUGGGAAUUAAGGCAGCUGGCCUGCAAGCAGUGUGCGGGCAAUUCGGUAUUACUUCAGAUCUACCAAGAUACUCUAGACCAAUUAGCACGCACAUUGGCUAUUGUCAUGGUACCAGGUGAUCAGUGGAAGUUGGAACCCAGCGAUGUCUUAUCAUGGCCGAUGGAAAUGUCUGACGAAUAUUUGACGCUUCUGCAACAGGGUGCACCUCUUGCCCUUAUAAUAUUUGCGUAUUUCAGCGUCAGCAUUCGGCAAGUCGAAUGGGCUUGGUGGAUGGAAGGACUCAGCGAGCGGCUCAUAGCACAAAUACACUCGAACUUGGAUGCUGAGUAUCACAUCUGGCUGCGAUGGCCGCAGGAGCAAAUUGGAUGGACCCCUCUUAGCUCUGCUUGA